CCCUCUGUAAAUCAAGAGAUGGCAAGGUUUUAGAUUAAAUAUGAAACUAAAUAAUUUAAAAAGUUUUUAACCUUUUUUGUGUGUUAUCACUGUGCUGUCAUUUUCAUGUAUUUUUCUAAUUCCGUUCAGAUCUUUCCCUGGUUUCUUUGGGAAAAAAAGUUUUCUUGGAAAACGAAAAAUGCAUAAUCCAAGGAUCCCUGUGACACCACCUUUUAAAGCAUGGAAACCUUUCAGUUUCUAUGUAUACUUGCUGAACUGUAAUGCAGAAACAACACCUACCUCCUCUGAGGAAUUUCAGCUUGCCCAGGCAGGACUGGGUAAAAGACAUCUCACAAUGACCAGGGACAUGAACCAUGAAGAGUUAUUUGGACUUCUUCAAAGUGAAUAUCCUAAAAUGCAGGGUCUGACUGGAGGAUGGCUGCUCUACAAGGCUACAGGCGGUCAGGGAAAAAGGAAACUGACACUGGUGCCUCCUGAUUCUGAAGGUUACACAGGGACCUUAAUACGCAGUAUGACAGGAAAUGGGAAAAACUUGCUGUAUAUAGUACCUUUACAGCAAGAAUUUGACCUUACUCCGUUACCUCCUGAUGCAGUUGAAUUUAAAAAUAUGCCCAAAGCACAAUGCCAAACAUGCAAAGUAAGUCUGCCAUUGCACAUUUUGGCUCUUCAUGUGCAGGAGUGCACAGAGUCUGGAUCUUCAGCUGAGGACACAGAGGCAUGUCAAACCGAGGUCCAAAUAGCGUCCGUGCAACCAUCUGAAGAGCACACCAACACAGAGAAAUUGGAUGAAGAAAAGCUUCAGUGUCCUAUCUGUAACUUGAAAUUUGCUCCUUAUUUCCUUGAAAUCCAUGCAAGCACAUGUGGAGAAAGAAGCAAAAAUGUAACAGACAUGGAUGAAAUUGAGGAGAACAAAAUAGAAGAGGAGCAUAUGAAAAGUGUUGAUGAUGUAUUGGAUGCUAUUUGUCAAAGAGUUGAUGUGGAGAAGCAGUUCAGCAUCCUUAUUUCAAGAACAAACAUUCUGGAGAGAGGCCUUCUGCAGUGGCAACGUCAAAAAAAAAAUUCACCCACUGCCAUGUUGAAGGUGUCCUUCUUUGGGGAAGCAGGAAUCGACACUGGUGCCCUUCGAAAAGAAUUUCUCACAGGUAAAUUUAAAAAGAUCAAUUACUUUUCCAUCCAUAUUAUUUAUGUUGAAGAAAUGACCAAUCCCUAAAUUUUAUACUUCUGUAAUAUAUAUUUUAUCUUCUAAGUGAACUCUGCUCCAGUUGUGUUGUAAAUAUGACUCGAUUUCUCCUUUACUAAACUAUAAAUCAAUCAUGUUUAUCAUUUGGGAUGGACUGAUAUGAAAGUUCUUGGCCGAAACCAAAAAUGAGAAAACCAAGGUCGAAAACCAAAACACCAAAAGGAAAAUUGUCAGUUUUUUGAACCAUAGAAUGGCUGUGAUGUGACUAUGAUGUGUUAUGAGCUUAUUGGUUUGGUGUUGAUAAAAGGUGUCAAUAUUGUUUUGUCAAGUACAACCUUCUGUAUACUAUGAUUUCUUUUUUGAAUGGAAUUCUCUUUUGAAUCUUGAUAGGUUUAACCUAGACUUUUAUUAAAUCAUAAUAUGUACCUUUUUUAAAUAUCUGGAACAGAUGUAUUAUGUUCCUUCAGUACAUCUGUCAUGUUAAGCCUAUGACAGGAAAUAAAAAUUUUAA